UUAACAUACGUUAAUCACUAGCUAAGACUAUUACGCAAGUGAGGAAGAGUCUGCAGCUGCAGGAUGGCGACGUCAAUGUGUGUGUCGCAUCUCUAUCUUCGUCUGUCGUGCACCGAUUUGCGUGACGCGGACAUCACGUCGAAGUCUGAUCCAGUCGUUGUUGUCACGCAGUACGACCGAUUUGAAGACAAAUACACAGAGGUUGGAAGGACGGAGAUUGUAAGGAACACCCUGAAUCCAUCGUUUGUGAAACCCGUGCGUAUCAACUACCAUUUUGAGGAAGUCCAGAAAGUUCUCUUCCGGGUCUAUGAUGCGGAUGAUGGAGAGAUUGACGAACUCUCGACUUUGGGAUCUGCUGAGACGACACUUGGAACGAUUGUUGGCAGUAUUGUAACAACGUUACCUUUAGUACAAAAUGACAACAAAAAGAGAGGGACAAUAACGAUUGUUGCUGAAGAAACGUCAGAGAUCCAGGAGGAAUAUUACUUCACUUUUACAGGACGUAACCUGGACAAGAAGGAUUUUUUGGGAAAAUCAGAUCCUUAUCUUCUGUUCGAAUGUCCACUUCCAAAUGGAGAGUACCGUACCACAUACAAAACAAAACAUAUUGUCAAUACUUUGGAUCCAGAUUGGUCUGAAAUUUGCCUUAGUUUUGAAAACUUGUGUGGUGCAAGAGAAGAUCAAGAGAUACGAGUCAGUUGCUAUGACUACGAUGAUGAUAGUGCUGAUGAUCUGAUCGGUAUGUUUACUACAACAUGGAAGGAAAUGAUGAAAGCUAGACGUGGAUUGAAGAUAUCUUGGGAAUGCAUCUCUCCCAAAAAGAAAAUGAAAAAGAAGAAUUACAUCAACUCUGGACGGAUUUUUUUGAGGAAACUCAGGGUUGAGAAGAUUCACUCAUUUAUGGAUUACUUGUAUGGUGGAUGUCAAAUACACUUCACAGUAGGAAUUGAUUUUACUGGAUCCAAUGGAGAUCCUCGUGAGCCAUCUUCACUUCAUUUCAUUGAUCCAAGCAAACCCAAUGAUUACAUGAGAGCUCUAGUAGCUGUGGGAAACGUGUGUGAGCAAUAUGACAGUGACAAGCUGAUUCCUGCAUUUGGAUUUGGAGCAAAAGUGCCUCCAAAUAAUGAGGUGUCACACGAGUUUCCAGUAAAUUUUAAUUCUACAAAUCCGUACUGUUCAGGUAUUGCAGGGGUGGCAGCUGCAUACCAGACUGCGAUACAGACAGUGACUCUUUGGGGUCCAACGAACGUAGCACCAAUAAUAAAUCAUGUGGCAAAAUUUGCUAAAGAUGCUGGGCAAUCAGAGAUGGCAAAUCAUUAUUAUGUUUUGCUGCUCAUCACUGAUGGUGAAAUAUCAGACAUGGAUGAAACCAUACAAGCAAUCAUUGAGGCAUCAUACUUUCCCAUGUCAAUCAUUAUUGUUGGUGUUGGCAGUGCCAACUUCUCCAAUAUGAAGGAUUUGGAUCGUGGUGGAUCAUACGGGAUGCUGUAUUCGUCAGAGAGUAGUAAACGUUUUGCUGAAAGAGACAUUGUACAGUUUGUGCCAUUCUCACACCCAGAUCGACAAUUUGCUUCAGCCGAAGAUUUAGCCAAAGAAGUGUUGGCUGAAAUUCCCGAUCAGGUUGUUGGGUACUAUCGUGGAAAGAAACUUAGACCAAUGAGACGAGUGGCUACUCAGCCACCUGUGUAGUCUAGCUGCUGCAAACUAAACGUUUUUGUCUUUGCAUUUGUUGUGCGUGAUGAGGGUCUAGUUAGAUGGAAUGGUAACAUGUAUGGUGUUUGUGUGACAGUGUACGUAUGAACAUGCUGUUAGUUUUCUUUAGUGAAACAUUUUGAUGGCUGCAUGU